UCGAAUAGUUAUGUACUUUCAUGAACAUAUUUAUUUCAACCUACCUACUUAUCCAAAUGUGUUUUAUUAUAAAUGAAUAAGAUGGUUUAGUUUUUCCAAGUGUUUUUCUGCAAUUAAUUUACUUAUCAUUCGGACAGUGUUGCUGAAUAUGGUGGAACAAAUAAGAAAUUUCAAAGAUUUUCUUCUGUUGUACAAUCAAAUUUCAGAUUCGUGUUUUAAUAGAUGUGCCAACUCUUUUUACACAAGAGAAUGUGAACCAGAUGAGGAAAAGUGUGUCGAACUAUGUACCAAUAAGUUCGUUUUAAUGAAUCAUCGAGUGAUGAAAACUUUUAUGGAAGUUCAAGCUGUAAUAGUUCAAAAACGGAUGGAGGAACUUAGUGCUGGCCAGGCAGCUAUGGAAGCCCAAAAGAAAAGUACAGAAGUUAUUACAUAGCACUAUGUUAAAAUUAUUAAUAUUAACGUAAAAAAAAAUUGUUAUUUACGUGCUGAAUUGUUUGUUAUAACAUAUUUACCACGAAGAAAAAAGCGUGAGAGAAGUGUAAAAAAAAAAAAAUCAAGUUUUCAACUGA